UCGCAUUUCUUCAUCACACCAAUAUCACAUAGCAAAACACCCUGCACUUAGUUAACUCACUACCCCCCCAAAAAAAUGACCUUUUUAAAAUCCCUCCUUAUCUUUACUUUCCUUUUGGCCACCCUUUACUUCACUUUAGCUCAGGCAGCUACCUUUGCCAUAACCAACAAAUGCCCUUACACAGUUUGGGCAGCCGCCUCACCUGGUGGCGGCCGGAGACUCAACACCGGUGAAACAUGGACCAUCAGUGCUAACCCUGGCACUACUCAAGCUCGCAUUUGGGGUAGAACCAAUUGCCAAUUUGAUGCUUCAGGAAGAGGCAAGUGUGAGACAGGAGACUGUAAUGGACUUCUUGUUUGCCAAGGCUAUGGUGCAGCUCCAAAUACAUUAGCCGAGUACGCAUUAGACCAAUUUGAACAUCAAGAUUUUAUUGAUAUAUCAAACAUUGAUGGGUUUAAUAUUCCUAUGGAGUUUAGUUCAGCAUCAGGAAGUUGCAGCCGAGUGAUUAAAUGUACUGCAGAUAUUAUUGGACAGUGUCCUAAUGAAUUGAAGGUUCCUGGAGGAUGCAAUGGCCCAUGUCCCGUGUUCAAGACUGAGGAACACUGUUGCAAUUCUGGAAACUGUAGUCCUACAAAGUUCUCAAGGUAUUUUAAGGAAAGGUGCCCUGAUGCUUACAGUUAUCCUAAGGAUGAUCCCACAAGUUUGUUUACUUGCCCUACUGGGACAAAUUAUAAGGUUAUCUUCUGCCCUUGAAGCUACAUAAAUAGCAACAGUUACUUUGGGUCCUCCAAAGAAUUAUAUAGAUUGGCAGGUCUGGAAUAAGAGUCUAGCCUCGCACUACAGGAAGACAAUAAAAUAAAUGAAAGAAGGGAGUUUUAAGACUUCUUGAGCACAUGCAUAGUAUUGUGCAAAACUAUUAUUCGAGUUUCAAUUUAUGUUACGCAUCUAUAUGCCUCUUUUCCUCCACUUGUAUGUUUAAGAAGUGGAAAGUUAAUGUUCUCCUGCAUUAAUACUUUUCCAAGUGAUUUGUGCAUGCGUGCCUAUUCAUUUGAUAUUUUGGAGAUCUAGAUUUACUCGUCA